UGUUUUUAUAUCCAAAGUAUGAAAUAAAAAAUAUAAAGUUUUAUAAAAUAUAAAUAAUGAAAAUCUCUGGUUUAUUAAUGUUGAAACUAUUAUUAUUAUUAUUAUUAAACAAAAUAAUAUGUAAUAGUAUAUUACCGGCAUAUAAAGCCAAUCAAUUAUUUGAAUGGAAAUACAAAAUAAAUGAUGUGAAUCCAAGUGAAUGGCCGGGAGAGUUGGGUCAAAAAGUAAUAAUACCUGAAGACGACCAAACAAUUAACAAAUAUUUCAAAUUACAUGAAUUCAAUAUAUUAGUCAGUGAUAGGAUUGCUUUGAACCGUUCACUUCAAGAUUCACGGAUGAAAAUAUGUCAUCAAAAGCAAUACAAACCACGUCUACCAAAGACUAGUGUCAUAAUAGUGUUUCAUAACGAAGCCUUUUCAACACUUGUCCGCACAGUUGACAGUGUUAUCAAAACUUCAUCUAAUCUUUUAAUGGAAAUCAUAUUAGUAGACGACUCCUCUACUAAAGUUUAUUUAAGAAAACAACUUUACGAUUACGUUAAACAAUAUCCAAUUCCUGUACGACUCAUGAGAUUGGGUCGCAGGUCGGGCUUAGUUAGGGCCAGACUUUUAGGCUCAGCUCAUGCCAAGGGACAGGUACUCACAUUUCUCGAUUCGCAUUGUGAGUGUAAUGAAGGCUGGCUCGAGCCUCUUCUCGAUAGGAUUGCUGAGGACAGAACUCGAGUGGUUUGUCCCAUCAUUGAUGUCAUCGAUGAACACGAUUUCAGUUAUAUUAAAGCAAGUGUUAUGAUUUAUGGAGGAUUUAAUUGGAAAAUAGGAUUUCGUUGGUAUAGAGCGCCUGAAAGAGAAAAUAUAAGACGAAAUUAUGACAAAUCAUUGCCUUUAAGGAGUCCCACACUUUCGGGAGGUUUGUUUGCCAUCGAUCGCGACUUCUUUGAAUAUAUUGGAAAAUAUGACUCCGAUAUGAUUAUAUGGGGCGCAGAAAAUAUUGAAUUCAGUUUUAGAAUAUGGAUGUGUGGGGGCAGUAUUGAAAUAGUCACCUGUUCCCGAGUCGGACAUGUAUUCCGCAGUAGAACACCGUAUACUCUUCCAGGUGGUAGUUCUUACAUUGUAUGGUACAACACGGCCAGACUGGUCGAUGUGUGGAUGGAUCAGUGGAAGGGCUUCUUCUAUGCUUUACAUCCAGAAGCUCGACAUUUAAAUCGUCAAAGUAUUGAUAAAAGAGUUGCAUUUCGACAUCAAAGACAGUGUCAAUCAUUUCAAUGGUAUUUGGAUAACAUAUAUCCUGAGUCACAGUUACCUAAAGAUUAUAAUAUUUUAGGUGAUAUUAAAAGUGUUGAAAGAGACCAAUGUUUGGAUACAUUACAAGCAGAUGAAAACACUUUAGUAUUAAAUGAUUGUUCAAACUCUAAUAGCAAUCGUAUCAGUUUUGGUCAAUUAUUUAUGUAUACAAAAAACAAUCAAAUACUUAACGAUGAAAAUUGUUUGGAAAUCAAUGAAAAUAAUAAAAUUGUUUCAAUGAAAAGAUGUCAAGAAAAUAAUUUAAACCAAAAGUGGAUUUACAAUAAACAUAAUAAUAGCUUAAUUCAUGUGCCAAACAAUGUUUGUCUUGACAUUCAUAUUGAAUCAGAUGAUGAAUACCAAUUGACGACCAAUCAAUGUAGUGACCAUUUAAGUAGUCAAAAGUGGAUUUUUGAAGAUAAUUUUGAAUGGCAAUCACAUUCACAUAGCAUUAAUCAAUUUGAUAACUAA